GUUUCCUGAAAGCAACACAAUAAUACAAUAUUAAGAAACCAGUCAAUCUGAAUUUAUAUGAAAUGAGAAGAGCUACUUCAACUACUAAGAACUAAAUAGAAUUUUAGACUACUUUUUAAAGCUCCAUUUGUAAGAUCUGAGAUAAACUUUUAAAUUAAAUAAAUGGCCAGAGCCCAUCUUUAAAUAUUUAAUUUCAAGUUCCACUUUAGAGAGUUUUAGUUUUAAGCAUCUGAUCAUGAAGUCUGUUUUUAAUGUCUACAACAUAUCGGGUAGUAUGUUCCUCAAUGCCAUUGGCAAAUUGGAUCUCUCUUUAACAAAUUUCACUCUUUGUUUCUUAUCCUGCCCUCAGGAUAAUUCAAGAUGGCAGCAACGGAGGAAGCAUAGUUACAUCGCAGGGAGUUAAAAGAAGAGAAAAGUUGCUAUUAAAGUAAGAUAAAUGAUAGGAGAAGAGGUGGAGAGGGAAAGACAAGUCAUAGAAUAAAUCAUAGAGAAAGAAAAAUAAGAGGAGAAAGGAAAAGGAGAGGAAAGACUGGAGAAAUAGGAGGAAAACGAUUCACAGUGAACUUGGCCUGCUGAGAGAGGCCCAGCUGCAUCCGAGAGGCCUUCCGAAGAGCACGGAGGCCCAUUGAAGCGAGGUGAGUGGAGAGCCAAAACACACUGGUGGAGAACAGGGAGGCGAGCCGGUGAGCGAGUGGGGCCCUGCUGUGGAGCAGGGAGGAAAACCAUCCGUGGGACAGAGAGGCGGGCCAACUGAGGGCAAAGCAACGACCAGCAGAGAAGGAAAAGGCGAGCCAGUGAGAGAGAGAGAGAGAGAGAGGAGCAGGGAGGAGGAGGAGGGGAACUGGCUGUGGAGAGGAGACAAGAGGCGAGCUUGCCAUGGGCCAUCCGGGCAGUCCUGUUGUUGGGAGAAACAGCACAAAUGGGAGCCACGUGGCUGAGGAGCCAGGAGCAGCGCCAGCACAGCAUACGGGAGUGCUAGAAGCGAGAGGCAGCACAACGAAGCAGAUCCUGAGUGGAGUGUGGAAAGCAACGGGAGAGCAUCAGUGCAACCGGAGGCUGCUGGUGUUGGUGGAGCAUUUCAGCACAGGGGAUCAGCGAACCGGUGACUCAGAAUGGCAACAGAACAGUGUGGGAGACCAACAGGUCAUUUAUGAAGAUAUUGAAAAGCACUGGACCCAAGACAGAACCUUGAGGUGAUCCCCUCAUUUUUUUGAAGAGGUGCAGCAUGACAGAUCCCUAUCGUUAUACUGCCAUUCAAGUGGGGAAUACUCACUUAUUGCUCUCAUUCUGUUUUCCUAUGUAUCCUGUAUUUCCCUAGUUUAUAACUUUUACCCUGCCACCUAUUCUGCCCUGUGCUUUGAUUUACCUUGGGGGAUGUACAAGGGGGGAGGGUCAUCUGUUUUCUCUCAGUUUGGAAGCCUCACAAAAGAAACACAUGGGAAUGACUCCUUAUCUCUUUCUCAGGAUGACCCGUUUCCACAACAUCUUUGCACCUGUGGAAUAGCUCAUUCAACAUCAAACUGGGAGGGGUUUCUAAUCACCUUAUCCUAACGGAAUUGCCUGGGAGGAACAGCUUUGAAUUGUUUUACAUUCACUUUCUUUCAAUAAAAGUUUCCUUUUGAAAUGUU